AUGGCUACUGGAUCGCCUACCCUAGUGUUCGGAGGAGGUUCUAUUGGUCUAGAGGCCUCAGGUGGUAGUUUCUCUCUCGUGGAAGACGUCGAAGAAUUGCUCUCCAUCCUCCAAAUGGAAGGAAUAGAGCAGAUUGACACAGCUCAAUUGUAUAGCACUAGCGAGCAGCUGCUGGGCCAAGCCAGAGCUGGGGAACGCUUCCUUAUCGACACGAAGCAUAUUGGCGGUUGGGCUCCUGGUAAUUCGUCCCGUGCACAGGUCGUCGAGAGGGGUAUGAAGAGCUUAAGAACAUUGGGGAUAGAAAAGGCAAACAUCUUCUACCUUCACGCACCCGACCCCACGGCUUCGAUAGAGGACACCCUGGCGGGCGUCAACGACCUCUACGUGGCAGGAAAGUUUGCAAGGUUCGGUCUCUCAAACUUCACGGCGGAACAGGUGAAAGAUGCUAUCCUUAUUGCCAAAGACAAAAACUACGUGGUUCCCACGGUCUAUCAGGGGAAUUACAACGUUGUUUCUCGACGCAUUGAAACAGAACUCUUCCCUGUUCUCCGCGAGCACGGCAUGUCGUUUUAUGCCUAUAGUCCCAUCGCGGCUGGAUUUCUCACGAAGACUCGAGAACUUCUCACGCAAGCUUCAGGUGGGCAGGGCCGGUGGCGACCAGACACGCAGUUCGGCCAGCUCUACCUCUCAAUGUAUAACAAACCCAAGAUGUUGGAAGCAUUAGAUCUGUGGAAUGAGAUCUCCGAAUCUUCCAAAAUCCCCAGAGCAGAACUCGCGUACCGGUGGAUAGCGUUCCAUUCGUUACUGGAUGAAAAGCAGGGCGAUGCCAUUGUCCUUGGAGCCAGUACCACCAAGCAAUUGAAGUCGACACUGAUCGGGUUGCGCCACGGUCCACUUCCCAGAUCGGUCCAAGAGCGCAUCGCUGAAGUCUGGGAGAUAGCAAAGGGCGAAUCAGUGCUUGACAGCUACGAGGGAUAUAAGCUCAAAUAA